CGAAGCUCGUGCAAGGGUAAUCAAAAGUCGCGAUCCCGCCGACCUGAAUACCGAAGCUCUUUCCCCCUCAGUCUCCUCAGAUCCGCCGUACUCGUCCAUCCUCACGCCCAAGCUCGCCAGUCGAAUCCCUCGUUGCCGUUCACCGUUUCAAUCCCGUCAAAAUGGCCACUACCGUCCGCUCCGUCAAGUCCCUCAUCCCCCUCCUUGACCGCGUCCUCGUCCAGCGCGUCAAGGCCGAGGCCAAGACUGCCUCCGGCAUCUUCCUUCCCGAGUCCUCCGUUAAGGACCUCAACGAGGCCAAGGUUCUCGCUGUUGGCCCCGGUGCCCUCGACAAGGACGGCAAGCGUCUCCCCAUGGGUGUCAACGCUGGCGACCGCGUUCUUAUCCCUCAGUACGGCGGUUCCCCUGUCAAGGUUGGCGAGGAGGAGUACACCCUCUUCCGCGAUAGCGAGAUCCUUGCCAAGAUCGCCGAGUAAACCUCGUUGAGCCAGCAUAAAACCCAAAAAGCAAAAUAUAAAGGAUACCCUCUCAUGAUUCUUAUGACAUUAUCAAAAGUGUACCAAUAUGUAAUGUACCAAUAGAAACCAGCAUUGAACAACAGCUAAACGGACAGGUUGGCAUACUUGACACGAAAACGUGGGCAUGAGGUGGUGGUGCACGGCAUUUAUCGCUUGAUCAUGGUUUGGUUAUUGAAAAUGACACCUCAACUCACCUCAUUCUUGUGACAGUUAACUUGAAGCGAGAGGAAAGAUAUCGGGAUGUCAGUUGUCCUCAAUCAACUCCUCACAUCACAGUUCGUCCGAAUUUCCGGCUCAGAAUACGAUAGCUUCACCCGAUCUCUAGUUUCAGAUCAAACAGUGUUCCUCACUCCUCU